AUGAUGCUUGCAGCUUUCCUCCUCCUGCUCCUCUUCACAGGUGGAAGCACCUCCGGCAACUCAGAGCAAUCAGAGCUUCUCGAUGACCAACAAAUGUCCCAAAAGAGCAAUCAGACAAAGUACGAGGAGAACUCUGAGAGUAACUGUAGUUACCAGGCUCUUUUCAAGUACUUGAACCUGACCAAAAACAAUGACCUGUACACCAUGGUCCGGCCUGUUAAACACUACAAUGUGACUACACUGAUACACCUCAAAAUGGUCAUCUAUGCCAUCCUAGAUGUGAGAGAGAUCGACCAGAGUUUAGUUCUGUACGUGUGGAUUUAUAUGAGCUGGCGCAAUUACCACAUUUGGUGGGAUCCAGACGAUUUUUGUGGACUGAAUCAUGUGUUAUUUCCUGCUGAAGUAUUGUGGAAGCCAGAUCUAAGUAUUGAAGAGAUGACAGAGAAGGACAAGGCCCCUCCCAGUCCUUAUCUGAGUGUUACAAAUGACGGUCUUGUCGAAUCACGUAACGACGAGGUGGUGAUCAGCACCUGCAGGAUGCAGGUUUACAAAUUCCCCUUCGACACUCAGAUCUGCACCCUGUCUUUCAAAUCCGCCUUACACUCGGAUGAGAUAAAGUUCAAAGUCCUCCUCAACACUUCGAAGAUCACAGAGUGGUCCCGGGAGGUGAUGCGGACCCAGUACGAGUGGCUGUUCCUCAACAUGACGGUCACCAAAAAGACUGUCGAUACUUUUGGCUAUGAGCAAAGCAUGGUCGUUUACACGAUCUCCAUGAAGAGGAGGUCUGUCCUCUACAUCGUCAACUUCCUGCUGCCCGUCCUGUUCUUCUUGUGUCUGGACUUGGCCUCUUUCUUGAUCUCAGAAACUAGCGGCGAGAAGCUUGGCUUCAAGGUCACAGUGCUGCUCGCCGUCACUGUGAUGCAGCUUAUUCUGAAUGAAAUCCUGCCGGCCUCCUCAGACAGGAUUCCACUUAUAGCGCUCUACUGUAUUGGGAGUUUUGCUUUGAUGAUGCUCAGCCUUCUGGAGACCAUUUUGGUGAUGCAUCUGAUGGACAAAGACAACCAGGCAGAGGACCAAAGCUGGAGUGAGGACUGCGGGGACAAACAAGGCAAAGUCAGCUUCUAUAGAUGUUUCAGAGACAAGAAGAAGUGGACUAACUGUGGCUGUGUCUGUGAUAUGUCUGCUGGUGAAGCUCCUCCUGAACCGCUGUCGGUGGCCAAAGAGGGUAGCGACAGCCAGCUGACGGAGGAGUCCUCUGCCUUGGAGAAGGUCACAUGUGAGCUGAGGAAGAUGGAGAAAACGUUGUCCCUGGUCCUCGACAGCAGGACAGAAGGAAGGAAGCCUGGCUACUGGACCAGAGUGGCUAAAACAAUCAACAAGUUUUUCUUCAUUUUCUAUGUGGCAGUGGCCAGUCGUAUCACCCGUGCCUACUCUUGA